CAUCCGCCGGAUUCGAGUUCAGAGCAACAGAAAGGGAGAAAUAAGCAAGGAGGCAUGCGCUCCUAGCCAGAGGCUACAUCGUAAGCAGUCCGGAGAAAUCAUGGUGCCCGCGAUCUACGUCUCCGUGGGGCUUCUCGCGGGGCUCGUCGCCGCCACUCAGAAGACCUGCCCUGACGGAUCUAUCUGCAACACCGGUGACACGUGCUGUAAGCUAGGCAGCAGGAGAUACACAUGUUGCCCACUUCCCAACGCCGUCUGCUGUCCGGACCGGGAACACUGCUGUCCAUCUAGAUACGCGUGCGAUAACGAAACGGACGCGUGCAAGCCGCCCCACACAGGAGAAGUGGCCCGCGCGGUGUUCCUGACGCAGGCUCUUGGCGGCAGCGUGAACCGCCAUGCGGAGAGGUACGUCGUCUGCGGUCUUCAAGGCAAGACAGUCUGUCCCUCCGGCCACACGUGUUGCACGACGACGCUGGGGAAUGUUACCAACCACAGUUGCUGUCCGUCCCGGGACGCCGUAUGCUGCGCUGACGGAAGACACUGCUGCCCCAAGAGAACAACGUGCGAUCUUGCCGCUGGACGAUGCAUCCACAACGAGGUUGACUUGCCUGGAACCAGAACGCUCAGGCUGACUCCUGCGAGGCAGUACGGAAAGGAGAGUACGCCCCGCCCGGUCUCGGGGGUCAUCGUGCCGUGUAGCGAUGGAAGGUCUCACUGCCCCGACGGGUACACUUGUUGCGUGGCGCCCAGCGGAUCGUACAGCUGCUGCCCGCUGAAAGACGCCGUGUGCUGCGACGACAACGUGCACUGUUGCCCCCACGGAACCGUGUGCAACCCUGACCGCGGUGCUUGCCAAAAGGAAGGACUUUUGCACGUGCCGUGGAGUACCAAGGUUCCGGCCACCCCACUCUUGUAAAGCAGUCAUCUUACCACGCAGA